CCUGUGCCCCCUGUCACACGCUGUCCCCCAGGGCUGCAGCAGCCCCCAGCGUGCUGGGCUGUGCUGUCCCAGGACAGGGUGACCGUGGUGCUCCUGGCCGUGGGACCGGAGCUCUUCCUGCUGGACAACACCUCCUGCUCCAGUGUGACUCCCCCCGGGCUGAGCCCCUCGGCAGGGCCGUUCCUGCACAUGGCUGUGUCCUUCAACCACCGGCUCCUCGCCCUGUUCUGCGACUCUGGGUACAUCUGGAUGGGCCUGGCCACGCUCAAGGAGAAGCUCUGCGAGUUCAACAGCACCGUCCGCUCCCCCCCCAAGCAGAUGGUUUGGUGCACGCGGCCCCGCAGCCGGCAGCGAGCCGUGGUGGUGGCCUGGGAGCGGCAGCUCAUGGUGGUGGGGAAUUCCUCGGAGUGCAUCCGCUUUGUCCUGGAUGAGGAUUCCCACCUGGUGCCCGAGCUGGACGGGGUCCGGAUCCUGUCCCGCACCUCCCACGAGUUCCUGCACGAGAUACCAGAGGCCAGCCAGGAAAUCUUCCGGAUUGCCUCCAUGGCCCCGGGGGCUCUGCUGCUGGAGGCACAGAAGGAGUACGAGAAGGAGAGCCAGAAGGCCGACGAGUACCUGCGGGAGAUCCGGGAGCAGCAGCUGCUCCCCGAGGCCGUGGGCCAGUGCAUCGAGGCCGCGGGCUACGAGCACGAACCCCACACCCAGAAAUCGCUGCUGAGGGCAGCUUCCUUCGGGAAGUGCUUCCUGGACAAGUUCCCCCCGGAGAGCUUCGUGCGGAUGUGCCAGGACCUGCGGGUCCUCAACGCCAUCCGGGACUACCAGAUCGGCAUCCCACUCACCUUCACCCAAUACAAACAACUCACCAUUGAGGUCCUGCUGGACAGGGGGUGCAUAAAAACCAAACCAAUCUCCCUGUCCCCCCCAGUUUACACGGUCGUGCUGCACCUCAAGAACGAGCUGAACCGCGGCACCUUCUUCAUGACGCUGCAGAACCAGCCCGUGGCCUUGAGCCUCUACCGGCAGUUCUGCCGGCACCAGGAGCGGGACACGCUGAAGGAUCUGUACAACCAGGACGACAACCACCAGGAGCUGGGCAACUUCCACGUGCACUCCAGCUACUCCGAGAAGCGGAUCGAGGGCCGCGUGGCGGCCCUGCAGAACGCCCUGGACGAGUUCAACAAGGCCAGGAACGACUUUGCUGCCAAGGCCACUGAGGAGCAGAUCAAGCUGCUGCGGCUGCAGCGGCACCUGCAGGAGGACUUUGACAAGCCCUACCUGGACCUGUCCCUGCACGACACCGUGUCCACCCUCAUCCUGGACGGCCACCACAAGCGGGCGGAGCAGCUCUACCGGGAGUUCAGGAUCCCCGACAAGAGGUACUGGUGGCUGAAGAUCAAUGCCCUGGCCACACGGGGGGACUGGGAGGAGAUGGAGAAGUUCUCCAAGAGCAAGAAGUCGCCCAUCGGGUACCUGCCCUUCGUGGAGGUGGCUGUGAAGCACCACAACCGAUACGAGGCCCGCAAAUACGCCCCCCGGGUGCCCCCCGAGCAGCGGGUCAAGGCCUUUGUCCUCGUGGGGGACCUGGAGCAGGCGGCAGAGGCGGCCAUAGAGCACAAGAGCGAGGCCGAGAUGAACCUGGUGCUGUCCCACUGCUCUCCCGGCACCGACGGCGCCCUGGCCGAGAAACUCACCCGGGCCCGGGCACAGCUGCUCAAGAAGUGACCCGGGGGCUGCAGGGACCCCCCCAGCCCCUCACACCGCCCUGCUGAGGGGUCUGUACCUGAGGGGUGGGGAUGGCACUGAGGUGUCCAUGUCCU